AUGUCUUCGUAAGCCUAUCACCGCUGACCGUACUGGCCGAAUCCGAUACUCAAGCCCAGCUGUCGGCCCUCCUCCACACAGUCACGUCUUUUACCGCUUUCGGUCGCAAAAGGAGCCUUCCCGCAUUGCGUUCGAUGGCACCGGCAUCUCGGUCUGGGACCUCAAGAAGGAGAUUAUCAUGGAGAACAAGAUGGGGCGCGGGGCAGACUUUGACUUUGCCAUUUACAACGCGGAUACUGAGGAAGGUGAGUCGGUGACUGAAAAGCUUUUGUGUACGGUGACUUGAGUGGAUGAAUGUUGGGUACACCUGUCCAAGACGAUGCACCAUGCUCGAAGCUGUCUCAAUUCGAACAGCAAGACUUGCCCCAACGCCUAGGCUUAUACCGGACUGUUCCUCUGCUUGACCUGAGAAUUGACCCCUUUUCCCCCCUGUUCAGAAUAUCACGACCAUCAAGUCGUCCCGCGAUCAACCUCCGUCCUGGCUCGUCGUCUCCCACCCGCAAGACCAGGGCGAGGCAAUGCGCAAGACUACAUGAUCUCAGCCGAAAUGGGCCCCGCCUCCGCGGCUUCUUUCUCCGGAUACGCCGGAGGUGGUGGGGGUCGUGGGGAUAUGCAAAAACCUCGGGGUGGAGUCCAGAGUGGUGGCGGUAGGGGUGGUUGGAAUGCAUCUUCGUUUUCGAAACGAUUUGAUGGGAGAGACGAUGCACCUUCGUCGAACGCGAGUGCGGCUCCUCAGGUGAUUUACCAUUUUAAUGGAUUGUGAUCGACGUAGCUCCCCGUUUCAUAGACUGAGAACCCUCUUCUCUGCAUCCAUCCCUCAGGAACCCGCGCCUAUCGUCUUACCUUCCGCUGCUCCCGCGGAUGAAGCGAACGCGCUAGCUGCCAUGUUCGCCGCAUCCAGUCAACAAUGGCAAGAAACGCAAGAACAAAUGGCCAGUCAGACGCCUGUUCGGAGGCCACCGAUGAUGGGUGCGAAUCGACCAUCUCAACCUCGAGCAACCCCUUCGGGAACGACGGGACCACCGGGGGUCGGGGAUCGCCCCAGGCAUGACAAGUUUGAGCAAUCCAAGCCUCCGCCACCUGGGUACAUCUGCUAUAGGUGUGGCCAGAAAGGUGAGGUUGUUGUUUUAUUGGCAUGUUCCAAACCGCUUUGUGUACUGAUGCGUCGACUCAAUCGCAGGCCACUGGAUCCAAGAAUGUCCGACCAACAACGACCAUGCGUACGACAACCGACCCAAGAUCAAGCGCACCACCGGCAUCCCCAAGAGUUUCCUCGAAGCCGUCGAAGGUCCGAUCGACUCCGCCACAGCCGAAGACCUCAAAGCGUCGGGCGUUAUGGUCACCGCCGAAGGAGGCUUCGUCGUUGCUCGACCCGAUCAAGCAUCUUGGUUGGCCCAUCGAGCGAUCACCAAAAACCUCAGUGCUUCGGACGUGCAAAACCUCGCUCCCACCGAUCCGGACUUGACCUGCCCCAUCGAUUCCAAGCUGCUCCGCGAGGCUGUGUUGACACCUUGUUGCCAGACGUCGUUCUGUCGCGAAUGCGUCGAGAAUGCGUUGAGCGAUAACGAUUUGUUGUGCCCCGAGUGCGAGACGAGGAUCAAAAGCUUUGAGAAGCUAAAGCCGGAUUCGGAGAGGAGGGAAAGGGUGAAAAAGUAUAUUGAGGAUGUGGUGGAGGCUAGUAAGGAGGUUGAAGUCAAGGGAGAGGACAAGGAGAAGGAAGAAGGAAAGGAAGGAGAGGAUGCGACGGUCAAGCAGGAAGAAGGGGAGAAGGAACCUGAGACGGAAACCACACGUGCCGUGAGUGAGGUCAAGGAGGUAAGAGACUAUCUCGGCGCUGCUCUCGCGGCAUCCAGAACGAAGGCUUAACGGUGUUCUACUCUCGUUCACUAGACAUCCACACCUACACCAAACGACACGGCAACAGCUCCCACGGCCGCCGCUUCGACAGCAAGCGAUGGUGGUGCCGUAAUACCCCAUCAGCAACAACAAAAACUACAGCAACAACAACACAUGCUUAACCAACAAAUUCUCCAAUUCCGCCAACAAAUUCAAGUCUCGCAAAUGCAACUGCAACACGCCCAGGCGCAAAUGUUCCAAUUCUCGCAAACUUUGCAGAACCCUCGCGCACCCCCGAUGGUGCGCAUGCAUGCGCAGAAUCAGAUGCAACAGAGGCAGAUGUACGUCAUGAACAUGAUGCAGGGGAUGCAGGGGAUGCAGGCGAUGUUGCAGGGCUUGAUGGCGAGGGCUGCGAUGGGGCAAGGGGUGAAUCAGGGCAUGAAUGGGAUGGGCAUGGGCAUGAAUGCUGGAGCGAUGCCGAAUAAUGUACCGACUGGCCCUAGAGCGCAACAACAACAGCAUCAGCAGAGGAUGCAGAACGCCCCAAUUCCGACUGAACCUAAGGCGAUGCAAGAUAGUGUCACUGCUGCGGGUGUGAAACGGGAAGCGCCUGAGGACUUCGCGAACGAGUCGAAUGGAUCCGAGGUGAAAAAAGUCAACACGGGCUCCGAGGAGCCAUCGAUGGGAACGAAUGAAGAAGGCACAACAGCUGCGGCAGUUGUUGCGACAGCUUCUCCGGAAGCGCCUGUGAGAAUGUGA